CUAAAUUAUACUUACUUAAUUAACCAAUGGAUACCGUUGUGAAAAGCCUCCUAGAAGAAGAUGAAGAAGAAAAAAAGGGUCUGGUCAUAUUUGGUAGAGACAUAUCAAAAAUACCUUGCUUCAGAGAGAGCUUUCUUUAUGGUAUUGGUACUGGAAUUGGAUUUGGAUUAGCCGCAUUUGUGAAAACAUCGAAGCCAAUGCUAGCACAACACAUAGGUGUUGGCACCUUCUCCCUGUCAACACUCUUAUACUGGUCCUACUGCAGAUACAGGUGGUCACAACAAAGGUUUGACGCACAGUUGUUACAAGAUGCCUUAAAAGAUAAAAUUUUGUAUGAAGGCACUGCAGUAGAAAAGGAAAUGGAGAAAAAAGGUGUCUUAAAGACUGUAUAGUUGAUAAUAAGCAGACAUUUGUAUUAAAUGUGAAUAUUUUUUGUAUUAAGUUAUUGAAAAUCAAGUAUUUAGCUUCGAAGGACUUUAUAAAAUGAAGGCUUUUAAAUGAAUAAAACUGCCAUAUAUUUCUUCAUAGGUAAAUGUAGAUAAAAAGUAGAUAUAAAUAAAUAAAGUAUUGAGGUUUUAAAA